GCACAAAUAUGUCGACGAGUUUUCCGAAUAGCAAUGGUAAUGUACCGCCGUAUAACCAACCAACAAAUGGCUCUUUCAAUCAGUUUGGUCAGGGUGGAUAUCCUGGAAUUGAUCAGUUUCAGCAUCCAAAUAUGUAUGCUCCACCUGCGAAUGGAUACGGUGGCAUGCCACCAGGGCCGCCAAAUAUAGGAGGACCACAACCACCUGGUGGUUCGCAACAGAAAGGACAACAGCAGCAGUUCCCUGGCUCGGGAGCAAACAUGAAACUACCUGGUUAUGAUGGUAAUUCAAUGCAGAAUGCAUAUAUGCCAUACCCUCCCCAAAACCAACGCUCCGGUGGUCAAGCUCCUCAAAAUGGGCCGCCGCCAAAUUACAACUCACAUCAACAAAUGCCACCAAAUAAUCAGUACGGAGGAGUACCGGAUCCUUACAGAAUGUACCCAGGAAUGCAAGGGCCACCUGGUCAAGUACCAAACUCUCAGAAUUCUUCGUCACAACAAAGACCACCUUCCCAAAAUGCGAAUCAACAAAGACCUGCUAGUCAAGCAGGACAGCAGUACCCCACUCAACAAGCUCUACCUGCACAUCUUCAUGGAACUCCAACAUAUCCAGGCAUGCCUCCACAAAAUGCUCCACUGCAGCAUUACCAACCACCUCAAUAUGCAAAUGGAACACCUCCUGUGAGAGGAGCUGGGAGUUCUGCUUUCCCACCGUUACAACCUUCAAAGCAAUCAAAACCGGAUGAGCAUCGUCCAAAUAACCUUUCAAAUUCACAAUAUCCUGGUAAUUUUGGCGCUCCUGGUUCUUCUUCUGGUUUUGAUUCCUUUAGCAAUGGAUCUAGUGGUUAUCAAGGAUAUGGUUUGCCGGGAAGUGGAACACCAGGGAGUCAAGGUAACACAAACAAUCUAGGGAUGAAUGGUGCAACACCUGGUUCUUACGGGUUUAAAUCGGGACCAUUUGGAGGUCCAAAUCAAAAUUUGCCUGGACAAAGUACUUCUGGUCAUAAUACUCCAGGACACAGCACUUCUGGUCAGAACACAUCAGCACAAAAUGCAACUUCUGGGCUUACCGGCCCAACUGGGAAUCCUUUCGGAUCAAUGAAUGGGCAAGGUGGAAACCACGGGCAGUUUGGCGGUAACGACUUAUCUGGCGUCCCUGGCCCAUCCGGUGGGUAUGGACAAAUGAACUCUUCCAACACCCCAAACCAAAGCGAAAGAUCAACUCCCGGACAGCCAAGUACUCCUGGGACUCCUGGCUCCCAUGGCACAGUAGGGUCUAAUGCACCGCUGUCCCAUCAGAAGCCUUCACAACAACAACAAAGCAUGCACAACCAUUUGCCACAUCACCAAUACAACCAGAAUAAUUUGUUAUCACCAAACCACGGAGCAAGCAGUCUUGGAUCUCAAAAACAACACGGUUCAAGCCCAAUGGGAUCUUCAUUAAUGCCAUUGAAUGGACAAUAUCCAUCAAUGACUCAAAACAUGCAAUCACCCGCUUCAACUUCAAUGGAGCCAACAUUCAAAGAACCGGCUGUUCCCAUUCGACAUUCACCUUCCCAAAUGCCAACACACCUGCAAUCUCCAGUACAUCCAUCUCCAAACGGAGCGCCACCGGCAUACAAUGCUCCCAGUUCUUCCAAGACUCCAGAUCCAACACAGCAACAACGACCGCACUCUCCGACUUUUGCCGUACCAACACUUCCGGCCGCAGCGACGUUAGCUCAGGCGUUCUCUGCGAAUCAGAUCUCCACAAAACCAAAAACAUCCCCACAGAAGAAGAAACAUGAAGAUGGUGUGCCGGAACCUCCAACUGCAGAUACUCCAUUCACAACUGUCACGCAUUACGAACUGCCUGCUGCCAUGACAUUCUUGAGGGACACUCUUCACGUAGGACCUAAUGAUAAAGUGCACCCACAGGUUGAAAAGCAUUACUUCUCGCGUAAGAGACAACAGCUCCGCGUGCCUUAUCCAGAGGGUAUCAAUUCUCAUACAACACCGCCUACUGAGCCAAACACCUUCGGAUUUAUGCAAGGAAAUCCAUACUUUGAUCCAAAGUACAACCGCAUGGUUCCAAGUCAAACUUCACAUGGUCCACCACUCCUUUCCCGGUCCCAAUCAAUGCAUACUCCAAUGAUCUCUCCUAAUUUCAAUGCGUCUCAACCGUCAACUAGUGGUCGUCAGCCAGCGAAAAAAGCAAGAAGUGCUUCCGAUGCGUCUGAGCCUCCAUUCAAUGUUCCUCAUCCACCGUCAUCCAGAGGGUCCAUGGAUCAACGGCAGUUACAACAGCAACAAAUACAAAUGCAACAGUAUCACCAACAUAUGCAAAUGCAGAAAAUGCAGCAGCAGCAAAUGGCUGCUCAGCAACAAAUGUCACGCAUGGGUGGUUCGGGACCAUCUUCUGCCGGUCCAGGAGGAUCCCAAUUACCAUCACUUUCGGCACCAAGUCUGCAGAGAGCCGAUUCAAUGCCGCAACUUCCAUCUCAACAGCAACCGCCAAUGGGUGGCCCAAUGGCUAACCACAUGGGCGGUAUGCAACCAAUGAAUGGAACUCCAACAGAAGGCCCGACGGUCAACAAUAUUGGCCUCAACAGCAACAACGCAGCUGGCCUCCCGCCUCUGAGUUUGAGAAGCCAGGGCCCGGAUGGGAGCCAAAAUAAUGAUUUUCCUGGAAUUCCAUCGACUUCUUCGUCAAAUCAAGCACACGCGCUGUGCGCGGGUUGCCAUCACUUCAUUAUGCCCGGGUCGUCUACUCUGUCUUGUUUAUACCAUGACUGCAAAAACGUGUAUCAUCGAGAAUGCACACGCAUCUCGCCAUCAGCGGCAACCCAAAUGGAAGGAACUCCUCAGGUUCGAUGGGUGUGCCCUAGCUGUGAAUCCCAGUUUCGCCCGAUGCAGCUGCAACAUGCGUGAAAAUCCUCAACUACUUCGUGUCAUUAUAUUUUGAUUAUUUUUGUUGUUAUUCAAUUAUAUCUCUGUGAGACGCAGAUGAGUUUCUUCAAACUCCAACAACUCAUUUAUUGCCAUUUGUCAAAUGAACAAAUGAACUUAAACCUACAAAACUUAUCAUCUGAAUUAUCUCGUCCCAUACUUUUGAUCCACCAAUUGUCAUCUCACAUCCACUUGUCUCAUCAUUCAUAGGUUAUUAUUUGCUCACAGUUGACUAUUCAAUACUUACUUGUUGUUUAUUAUAAAAAAUCUUACUUUUCUUUGUUAAAAAAAUCGAUCGAAUCGAAUUAGGUAAUACAUAAUUAAUUCCCACUGAACUCACACGUUUCGGUAACGGCAAGUCAUGAACAACAUCGCUAUAUUCUUAUAAGACACUAGAUUUUUUGAAAUUUGAGUGAUCAAUUUGAAUUUGUGCAAUAAAUAUGGAGCUGAACAUAGGUUCAUAUUUUUAAACGAG